AUGAGGAUAACAAAUAAUUACACUGGUUUAUUGAACCUUUCCGAAGCAUACAUUACUUUCGAUUCGACAAAGCAGGGACAUUACUACGAAGUUGUUAUGCCUUUAUACACCAUUCGAAGAGUUGAGCGCAUCACUAAUCAACCGACAGAGUACUCGAUAAAACUUGUUAAUUGGCACCAAACUGAGUUCAUCUUUAAUCUAAAUGCCUCUAAGAAAGAGUAUGAGCAGUUUUCGACUUUAUUAACAGCAAACUUGAGGAAUCAGAUAAAAUUCAUGAAGACGAUGAAACAAUUUUUAGCAACUUGUGCAUCAGAAUGGCUGGUUGCUGAUAAACCAAUUGAAGGCCUGAGUUCUAUUCCAGGAGGCCUGGGAUUACAAUAUGAAUUUCCUGGAGACCCAAGGAAAUUAAAGGAAAAAAGUAAAAUGAAGCUUUGGAAGAAGUACUUUAAUGAGUAUGGUAGAAACUUGGCUAUUCCAAAGACAUCUCGUUUUUCCAAAUUGAUUCGUGUUGGUUUACCUAACUGCUUACGAGGUGAAAUAUGGGAAGUUUGCUCUGGUGCUAUUUACGAAAGAUUUAUGAACCAAGGCUUGUACGAGCGCAUUUUGAACGAAAACAAAGAUAAAACAUCGCUCAGCUUAGAGGAGAUUGAGAAAGAUCUAAACAGGUCUUUGCCCGAAUAUAAAGCAUACCAGCAAUCCGAGGGUAUAAAUCGUCUAAGAAGAGUUCUAAGCGCUUACUCUUGGAAAAAUCCAGAAUUAGGUUAUUGUCAGGCUAUGAAUAUUGUUACAUCAGCUAUUCUCAUUUAUAUGAGUGAAGAACAGGCCUUUUACACACUAGGUGUACUAUGCGAUGAUAUGCUGCCAGGUUAUUAUAGUACAUCAAUGUACGGCGCUCUUCUGGAUCAAAUAAUCUUUGAAAACUUGCUUGAAAAGAUGAUGCCAAAACUGUACAACCAUUUCAAAUAUACAGAUAUACAGCUUUCGGUUGCUUGUCUACCUUGGUUUUUGAGUUUAUAUAUAAACUCUAUGCCUUUGUUAUAUGCGUUUCGAGUAUUAGACUGCUUUUUCUUGGAAGGACCCAAAAUUUUAUUUCAGAUUGGUCUAGCUAUACUAAAAAUUAAUGGUGACGAGCUUAUGGAGGCUGCGGAUGAUGGCACUUUCAUGAACAUAUUAAAGCAUUAUUUUAGCAACUUAAAUCAGCCACUUUACCCCAAUUCAGAUAAUACGAAAGCAAAAAAUUUGACGAAAUUCAAUGAGCUACUGCUGGUCGCUUAUCGAGAAUUCGGUGGCGUAUCCGAUGAGCUCGUUCGUGAAUUGCGACAAACUCAUCAACUUAAAGUGGUGGCAGGAAUCGAAUCGUUCACAAAACGCUCAACAGUUCGUAAUAUUGAAGAUUCUGCUGGGUUGGACAAAACAGAGCUGGGCAUCUUAUAUGAUAAAUUCUAUAACGUUCUCUACUACAAAUCGAAAUCAGACUCUUCAAAAAUGGAUUUGCAACUAUUUGAAAAGUUUAUUGGAAGCGUAGCAACUUGGGCAAAGAUUGAUACUGAGGAGUAUGACGGCGAUGAGCGACGACUUAAAGUAGCGAAAGGAUUCAUAUAUCGACUAUUCAAAGCAUUUGACCGGCAAAAUCACCAGAAGUUGAAUUUCCAGGACGCCGUCAUUGGAAUUGGUAAUAUAUGUAAAGGCGAUCUAAAUUCACAAAUUAAGUUAUUCUUCGACCUUCAUGAUAUAGACCAGGAUGGUUUCUUAAACAAGGAGGAAGUUGUCCAACUUUCAGAAACAUUAUUGUGGAUUUUUAGACACUCGCAGGCUGAAGAUUAUCUAAAUUCCGUAUCAACAUUUUUGCAUAAUGCAUUUGAAUAUUCAGAGAAGAAAGGGGACGAAAAACUGCUCUCUCUGGCUUCUUUAAGGAUGAUCAUUUUAGCAGACGAAAAUUUCGAAAAAUUCUUCAAUUAUGGAUUUGCAGAAUCCUUCCAACUCACUGAGAAAGCUGUUGAGCAACAACGAAGCCUUGGUAGAGAAAUCUUCAAUAACUUGUUAGCGACAGGCUCUAAAUUAGCCUCGACAACCCGUCCACAAUUUAGAUCCAAAAACUCUGACAGCGACCAAAAUUCCUCAGAGAUUCAAGAUACUAUCAGCACACUAAGAAACAUAAACUUAGAUGAAGCCGUGACAAAGAUACCCCCAGAUCACAAAGAGGUCAAAGAAACCAUUGAGAAUGCUAGCUUGAACGGCAAAUCAGAAACGGAAGUGACUGAGAAUGAAUUUAAAGAAAAGGUGGAGAAACAUGUUCUGGGUGACGAUAGUGACAUUUCUGAUCAAGAAGUUGAGGACGAAGAGGAGGAACUGAGUCCCGAUGUUUUGGAGGAAGUUGAUCGACUAUUGAAAGAGUACGAUGAUGAAGAUGAAGAAAAUGAAAAUGAGAAAUAA